AUGAAAAUAUGGUGUGUGGCAGUGAUGCCCUCGUCGGAGGAGGAAAGCCAGUGGCUCGUUGGCAGCGGGGGUGGUCUCGCAUCUUCCGGCGGUGGCACGAUAUCCGGGCCUGGAGAACGCACGCUAAGCAUUAGAGGAGGAUUAUACACGGAGGAGAUGACGACUCAACCGACUAACACAGCCACAGCAGGCGUGAAUGCGGCCUCGGCCGAUUCUGCCGAACACGAUUUGAUCGACUCGACAACCGACGCCACUCUAUUAGCACAAUUUCACGAGGACGCGAUCAAGCAGGCUGGAGUUGGUUACUUCCAAGUAUUAGCUGCUUUGUGUACAGGCUUGAGUCUUGCAGCAGAUACUGUUGAAUUUUUUGUUGUACCAUAUAUUUUACCAAGUGCAGAAGUUGAAUUGUGCAUUGAGGACAAUGAGAAAGGAUGGCUCAGCAAUAUUACUCUAAUGGGUCUUGCGUUAGGUGGAUUAUUCUGGGGUGGCUUAGGUGACAGAAUUGGAAGACGCAGAUCUUUGUUAUCUGCAAUGUCUGUUCAUGCUUUAUUUAGUAGUGUUGCCACUUUUAUGCCAACUUAUGGCACAUUUAUGUGUGCUAGAUUUUGUUCUGCGAUUGGAGUAGGAGGAUCUUUACCACUAGCAUUUGCAUAUCUCGCAGAGUGUUGCCCCAGAUUAAGCAGAGGUUUGUGGGUUGGUUUGCUAGUAGCAGCAGGAGCAUUAGGAGGUGUGUAUGCUGCUCUCCUAGCAUGGGUAGUGGUUCCUACAACUGGAGAAAUGGUAGUUCUUGAAAAUAAAGAACACUUCAGUGCUUGGCACCGCUUCCUGUUACUGUGUUGCUUGCCUGCAUUGUGCUCUACUAUUGGACUCAUUUUUCUACCAGAAAGUCCAAGGUACUUGGUAGAAGCAGGUAGGGAUGUGGAAGCAAUGAUGGUUUAUCAGAAAAUAUACAAGAAAAAUAACGCCCGCAAAGGCGCAACAGGUGCACAGUAUCAACUUUCUGAAUUAGAGCUUCCAACUAAAAGGCCCCGUGGUUUGGCACCCCCUUCUCCUACUAAUCACACUAGCGUUUUGGCUGAUAUUAUUUAUUCUAUCGAAAUGUUUUGGAAUUCUUUCCUGGAAUUAUUUGUAUCGCCCCAUUUGCGCGUUACAAUAGUGCUUAUAAUCAUUUGGUCGACCGUAUCAUUUGGACUAUAUGGCCUUAUGGUUUGGUGUCCUGAAUACCUCAAACUUUUACGCGCCACGGAAUAUAAAGCUCACACUGUACACAUUUCCGGAAAAGAAUACAAAGGAAAAACAUUCAGUGGUUCUUUAGAAAAUUGUCAAUACAAGCAUUCAAUUUUCUUAAAUUGCAAAUUUACAAAAAUGGUAUUCAGUCACGUAGAUUUCGAUAAUUGUACUUUUCAAUCCGUAGAAUUCAGUAGCAUAAAGUCUAGUAAAACUCACUUUACAGACAGUGUUAUUAAAUACUCGACAUUUGUAGAUACGGAUUUAUCUGCGCAAGUCUUUACGAGAUGUACACUGCAAAAUAAUACGGAAUUAAGUUUAAGUGGACCAUGUCCGACUCUCGAUUUGGAUUACAAUAUUUAUAUAGAGGAAGCACUACAUGGUCACCUAGUUGCUCAAUUGGCCUUUGUGCCUGCUGCUGCUUUAGCAGGACUGGCACUCACUGUAAUUCAGCGGCCAAAAAUGAUUGGUAUUUCGUUAUUUCUCUCGUCAAUAUCUGCUCUGUGUUUAAUUCUAGUGGGUACGAAUAGUUCGGCAGUGCUUGGUUUCGAAGGUGGUUUUAUAGCAGUCUUCGCCGUCGCUUGGACGUCGCUUACUUUGGUUACAGUUGAGAGCUUCCCUACUCAUUUAAGGUGUACUGGAUUCGGUUUUAUAGCGGCUGCUAUAAGGAUAUGUGGUUUAAUAGGAACUACAACUUACAAAACCUUAGUUGGCGCACCCUUAGUCGCGCCUGCACUGUUAACUGCAUUACCAUUGCUAAUAGCUAGUGUCGCAACAUUCAAAUUGCCUCACACGCAUACAGUUUUCUUGUAAGGAUAUCGCGACUAAGUGGAAAAGAACAGAGAAGAGAGAGAGAGAGAGAGAGAGAGAGAGAGAGAGAGA